AUGGCAACUAAAGCGAUUGUGGUAGGAGGAACCAGCGGCAUAGGCUACGCAAUGGCCUGUCGAGUAGCUGCUCAGGCCGGUUCAGCAAAAGUCAUAAUUAGCGGUCGCACAAAGCCCAAGCACAUCCCACAUCCCAACAUGGAAUUUCGACCGCUGGAUGCGACGUCCAUGUACCAGAUCAAGACAUACACAGACGCUUUCCGGUCUUCUCCAACCCAGAAACUGGACCUGCUCAUCAUGACCCAAGGCAUCAUGACAACCGCGGGGAGAACCGAGACGCCAGAGGGCAUUGACCGAAAAAUGGCACUGCACUACUACGGCAAACAGCUCCUCAUUCGGGAACUUCUUCCUAUAAUGAAGGAGGAUGGAAAAGUCAUCAUCGUAUAUGAUGGCAAGUUUGGAAACCCAAACAAGUUGAAUUGGGACGACCUGGACCUGAAAUCGAACUUUGGCCUCAGCACCUCAGCCAAUCAUUGCAUGGUGAUGAACGAUGUGAUGAUCCAGCAUUUCGCCGCCCAGCAGCGAGAGCAGGGAGUUGGAAAGCGGCAUUUCAUACAUGCCUGGCCCGGGGCCGUUAACACAAGUCUGCUGAGGGAACUCCCGCGAUUCAUUCAGCCGCUGGCCAAGGCCGCGAACCACCUGUUUACAGUGCCUCCUGAGACUUGCGCAGAAUAUCUUCUCAACGGGGUUUCCGAUCACGUUUCUGAUGGUGAGAAACAAGGCAGAUUCUGGAACAAUAUUGAAAAUAAGGGGCGUUUGAUUGAUAACAAGACGGUUUGGACUAAGGAGCAAAUGAACACAGUAGCGGCUCACACGUAG